AAAAAAAUGGAAUGUCGCUGGACAUCAUGGUAUGACAUCAAUGCUCCUAAUCCUAAAGGUGAUGGAGGAGAUACUGAAAAUGCUGCAGACAUAAAAGCUAAAGGACUUUGCAAUAAAAAUGAAGUUGAACACAAUAUUGAAUGUGAGCCUGUUGAUAAAGAUGGAACAACAAUAACAAACAACAAGCAAACAAUGACUUGCGACAUGAAAAAUGGAUUGAUUUGUUUAAAUAAAGACCAGAAGAAAGAAAAUUGUCCCAAUCUUAGAAUCCGUUUGGAGUGUUGUGCAGAGUAUUGCGAGAAAACUGAAACGCCCACAACUACAUUAGCUACAACAAGUGUGACUGAGACUUCUUCAGUAGAUACCACACUGCCAAGUAGCCCUGAAACUUCAUCACCUGGAAGUACAAAAUCUCCAACCAGUAGCACAGGUGUCACAUCUGCUCCAAAAACAACAUCUUCAACCACACAAACAGAAAAUACUUCCACGCCCCCUGCUACGACCACCAGCUGUGAAAAAUUUAGAAAAAGUGAAUGUCGCUGGACAGAUUGGCAUAACACAGAUAAACCUUCAUCAGACGACAAUGGUGAAGACAUUGAAAGUUCUGGAAAGCUGAACUCUAUGGGAAUCGAAGUCUGUAAAAAGGAAGAAAAUGAGUAUGAUAUUGAGUGCAAACCUGCUCAAUAUUCAGAUUUAAGUUUUAAAGAUAUUUCACAAAAAACAACAUGCAAUUUAAAAGAUGGAUUUGUUUGUAGGAACAAUGAGCAAUUAGGCAAAGAACAGUGUCUAGACGGUGAAAUCAGAAUUGAAUGCUGUUCUAAAAAGUUUAUUGAAUUAUGUGGGAAAACAACCCCUUCUCCUACUUCACCAUCAUCUAGUAAAGUAACAGGAAGUCCUUUAACAACAUCCAUAACAGAGCCUUCAACACAAAGUUCUGGUGAAUCUACAACUGGUCAAACAUCACCCCCCGAAAGACCAACAUCUGGUGAAACAUCAAGUUCACAAAGACCUAAAGAAACAUCUAAAACACCAGGCACUUCACCUAAGGGCACAACACCUGGUCAACCCUCAUCUUCAGAGAGACCAACAACUGGGAAAACACCAAGUUCACAGGGACCAGAGGAAACAGCUGAAAAACCAGGCACUCCACCUAAGGGCACAACACCUGGUCAACCCUCAUCUUCAGAGAGACCAACAACUGGGGAAACACCAAGUUCACAGGGACCAGAAAAAACAUCUCAAACACCGGGCACUCCACCUAAGGGCACAACACCUGGUCAACCCUCAUCUUCAGAGAGACCAACAACUGGGGAAACACCAAGUUCACAGGGACCAGAAAAAACAUCUCAAACACCGGGCACUCCACCUAAGGGCACAACACCUGGUCAACCCUCAUCUUCAGAGAGACCAACAACUGGGGAAACACCAAGUUCACAGGGACCAGAAAAAACAUCUCAAACACCGGGCACUCCACCUAAGGGCACAACACCUGGUCAACCCUCAUCUUCAGAGAGACCAACAACUGGGGAAACACCAAGUUCACAGGGACCAGAAGAAACAUCUGAAACACGAGGCACUCCACCUAGGGGCACAACACCUGGUCAACCCUCAUCUUCAGAGAGACCAACAACUGGGGAAACACCAAGUUCACAGGGACCAGAAAAAACAUCUCAAACACCGGGCACUCCACCUAAGGGCACAACACCUGGUCAACCCUCAUCUUCAGAGAGACCAACAACUGGGAAAACACCAAGUUCACAGGGACCAGAAAAAACAUCUCAAACACCAGGCACUCCACCUAAGGGCACAACACCUGGUCAACCCUCAUCUUCAGAGAGACCAACAACUGGGGAAACACCAAGUUCACAGGGACCAGAAAAAACAUCUCAAACACCGGGCACUCCACCUAAGGGCACAACACCUGGUCAACCCUCAUCUUCAGAGAGACCAACAACUGGGGAAACACCAAGUUCACAGGGACCAGAAAAAACAUCUCAAACACCGGGCACUCCACCUAAGGGCACAACACCUGGUCAACCCUCAUCUUCAGAGAGACCAACAACUGGGGAAACACCAAGUUCACAGGGACCAGAAAAAACAUCUCAAACACCGGGCACUCCACCUAAGGGCACAACACCUGGUCAACCCUCAUCUUCAGAGAGACCAACAACUGGGGAAACACCAAGUUCACAGGGACCAGAAGAAACAUCUGAAACACGAGGCACUCCACCUAAGGGCACAACACCUGGUCAACCCUCAUCUUCUGAGAUACCAACAUCUGGUGAAACAUCUGCACCUAUUAGCUCAACAUCUGCUCAAACCCCUCCAUCUGGUAGCCCACAUUAUUCUACUUCACCAUCAAAUUGUGAAGGGCUGAAGAACAACGAAUGUCGUUGGACACAGUGGUUUAAUACAGGCAAACCAUCUUCAGAAACUGGCGGUGAAGACAAAGAAAAUUUAGAAAAUCUAAAGUCUAGCGGAACAGAGGUCUGUAAUAAAGAAGAAACUGAAACUGAUAUUGAAUGCAAGGCUGAAAUAUCCCCAGGUGUUUACGAAAAUGUUCAACAGAAUGUGACAUGUAAUAUGAAAGAUGGUUUGAUUUGUGAGAACAAUAAACAAGCAGAUGAAGCCAAACCAUGUUUUGAUCAUGCAAUGCGGAUUGAAUGCUGCUCUAAAAAGUUUGUUGAGCAGUGUGGACAACAAACUACAGCUCCUGCAUCAACCACAUCUCCUGAGACAUCUUCUAGGGAGAUUACUGGAACUCCUAGUACGUCCACCUCUGUUUCUAGUACACCAUCAAGCCUUGUAACUGUGACUUCAACCUCCGGUACAACAGCUCAUCCAACUGGCUCAUCCCCUUCUACCACAUCUUCUGCAACUGCUACUGGUAGCACACAAGUAUUGACAACAACUGUUACACCAGAACAAAGUACAUCACCAACAUCUGAAACCUCAACUUCACACCCUGACACCACACCAAAUUGUCUCUGCAAAGUCAAUAACGAAAUGUUUUCUCCAGGUGAACAUAUUUACACAAAACAAGACAACGAUGGUUGCAAAUUCCAUGCAGUUUGUGGAAGCACAUGUGAAAUUGAAUAUUCUGUAGGGGAAUGUUCCACAACACAAGCUACCCCCUCUUCAGCAGAAAAAACCAGCAUAAAAGAUGUCACCAGUAAAAAACCCACAAUGACUAGACCAAGCAAGAAAACUUCUACUGGCGGCACUGAUUCAUCUAGUGCAUCCCCUGAACUAAGCACUGAACCAGGAACACCAACUGAACCAGGCACACCAACUGAACCAGGCACACCAACUGAACCAGGCACACAAACUGAACCAGGCACACCAACUGAACCAGGCACACAAACUGAACCAGGCACACCUACUUCAGCAGAAAAGACCAGCAUAAAAGAUGUCACCAGUAAAAAACCCACAAUGACUAGACCAAGCAAGCAAACUUCUACUGGCGGCACUGAUUCAACUAUUACAUCCACUGAACCAAGCACUGAACCAGGAACACCAACUGAACCAGGAACACCAACUGAACCAGGCACACAAACUGAACCAGGCACACCAACUGAACCAGGCACACCAACUGAACCAGGCACACAAACUGAACCAGGCACACCAACUGAACCAGGCACACCAACUGAACCAGGCACACAAACUGAACCAGGCACACCAACUGAACCAGGCACACAAACUGAACCAGGCACACCCACUUCAGCAGAAAAGACCAGCAUAAAAGAUGUCACCAGUAAAAAACCCACAAUGACUAGACCAAGCAAGCAAACUUCUACUGGCGGCACUGAUUCAACUAUUACAUCCACUGAACCAAGCACUGAACCAGGAACAGAAUCCACUUGUGGACCAUGUGAAUGCUUAAUGCCAGACUGUGGUACAGGAUAUCGUGUGGUGUCUUAUAGGCCCCCUGGCGCCUGUUGUGCUACUAUCACAUGUGAACCGGAUUCAGUCUGUGUAGCAGACAAUACCAUAUAUAAGCCUGGAUCCAUCAUUCCUCAAGCUAAGGAUGCAUGUCAGAAAUGCGAGUGUUCCAAGGAUGAAAAAGACAAAACUGGCUUCUAUGCUGUAACAUGUCAAGAGCUUGUCUGUGACUCGACCUGUGAGAAGGGCUUUGAAUACGUUGAAAAGGAAGGUGAAUGCUGUGGCGAAUGUGUACCCAAGCAAUGUACAAUGAAGAAGGUGAAGGUAGAGAGUGGAGAGAAGGGAGAAAGUGGUCAGAAGGGAGAAAGUGGUCAGAAGGGAGAAAGUGGAGAAAGCAAAGAGGAAGACACACACAUUUCGAUUAAGAUUGGACAUAUCUAUCGCCCUGAAGGCAGCACUUGCGUUUAUUACGAAUGUGAUGAGGAAGAUGGCAAACCUAUUUUGACCAAAGUGAAGAAAGUUUGCCAAGAGUUGGAUGUCUCCAAAUGCGAGGAGGGCACAGUUAAAUAUGAUGACGAUGACUGCUGUCAGACAUGCACACCUAAGACAGAACUUCAGGUAGUAGAGAAACCAGUGGUUGAAAAUUGUAGCUCUCGCAAGAAUAUGACUGUAAUGAGAGUCGGUGACUGUGAGAUUGAGAUGGAGCUCCCAUACUGCGGAGGACCUUGCAUGGGGACAUCAAAAUAUUCAGCAAAAUCACAAGGAAUGGAUCACAAGUGUUCUUGCUGCACAGCACUGAAGUUCGAUAAAAGAAGAGUAGAACUGCUAUGUGCCAAUGGUCAGCGCAAAACUCACACUUACAACCAUGUGGUUGAAUGUGGCUGUUCAGUAGCUACCUGCAAACCACUCCCCUCUGGUGAGAGUCAAGAAAUACAGCAAUAUGAGCAGAUAUCCCAAAUGUCCUCUAGACGAAGGAGAAGAUAAACUAAAAAACAGAGAGCAAGGCAGCAAUAUUAAGGUUUUCUGAAUAGUCUACUUAACUAAAAUUCCCCAAUGAUUUCCCUUCUAAUUUCUACAUAAUGCUACCCCCAUAGUCAACUGCUGGAUAGAAGGAGACAUAUGAAGGUCAUGUAUAUGGAAAUGAUGUGUGAAUUCCAGCAUCUCUUGCAAAAAGCUUUAUGUUGUUACUUGCUUUCUUAUGCUUAUAAUUCCUUGUAUAUGUAUAUGUCAUUAAACUAUAAAAUCACUGUGCAA